AGGUCACUAAUAGCCCGAUAACGAUGCACCCACAACGCCCCAAAUGCAUGUCCAUAGAAACAGCUUGCAGCUCUGACGUGCGGCCGAGUUGACAUUGGUAAUCAGACGACAUUGAGGCUGAUAAGAGGAGUUCCAACGAUACGCUGGGCAGAACUGAGAGAACAAGCUAAAUACUCGUCUACUCGCGAAACAUCUGAAAUCAUUCACUCGACAGCCGCCCAGCAAAACAGACGUACCAAAUCGGCAAGUGGGAAACGCAUAUGAAUGAAUGAACGCAAAGCGAGCGGAGCGGAGCGACGAGACGAGACGACAAGUGCAGGAAACGGGUUAACACACACCACAAAAGUAGAAGAAGAAGCUCUCUCGGACAAACAGCGGUCAGCGAUCUUUUGGCCAUAAGCAGCAGACAGCAGCAUCUUCUGCAGUGCGUGCGCGUGUGCGUACGCGUGUGUGAACAUAACUUACGAUUCACUCGGUGAUUCAAGGCCAGCGGUCACUCAGAGGAGGCGGAGCAGCAUCAGAAGCUACUUAACUUUGACAUCGGCAGCAGCAGCAGUGGAAGAUAUUUACCUGUCAGGUUCAGAAUGGCACCACCCACUGUCCUGGUAACCGGCGGAGCUGGCUACAUUGGCUCCCACACAGUCCUGGAGAUGCUCAACGCUGGCUACAACGUCAUCUGCGUGGACAAUCUCUGCAAUGCGUACAGCAGCGGCGCCAAGCUGCCGGAGGCAUUGAGUCGCGUACAGGAGAUUACCGGCAAGAAAGUGCACUUCUAUCGUGCUGAUAUCACGGAUCGGGACCAAGUACGAGCUAUUUUCCAGGAGCACAAGAUCGACAUGGUUUGCCAUUUUGCUGCACUCAAGGCUGUCGGCGAGUCCUGCCGCAUCCCGCUGCAGUACUACCACAACAACAUGACCGGGACGAAUGUGCUGCUGGAAGCCAUGGCCGACAACAACGUGUUCAAGUUCGUGUACAGCUCCAGUGCCACUGUCUACGGGGAGCCGAAGUUCCUGCCCGUGACGGAAGAACACCCCACGGGCAAUUGCACAUCGCCCUAUGGAAAAACCAAAUACUUUACUGAGGAGAUUCUUAAGGAUCUGUGCAAGUCCGAUAAGCGAUGGGCCGUAGUCUCUUUGCGGUACUUCAAUCCCGUGGGUGCUCACAUCAGCGGUCGUAUCGGCGAGGAUCCCAACGGCGAGCCCAAUAACCUGAUGCCCUAUAUUGCCCAGGUGGCCGUGGGGCGACGCGCCAGCCUGAAUGUCUACGGCAGCGACUUCCCCACCAAGGACGGCACCGGAGUGCGCGACUACAUACACAUUGUGGACCUGGCCGAGGGUCAUGUGAAGGCCCUGGACAAGCUGCGCAACAUUGCAGAGACUGGAUUCUUCGCAUACAAUUUGGGCACUGGCGUAGGAUACUCCGUGCUAGACAUGGUGCAUGGCUUCGAGAAGGCAUCCGGCAAGAAAAUUGCUUACGUCCUGGUGGACCGUCGAUCGGGGGAUGUGGCCACAUGCUAUGCGGAUGCCACGCUGGCGGAGAAGAAGCUGGGGUGGAAGGCAUAUCGCGGCAUCGACAAGAUGUGCGAGGAUACGUGGCGCUGGCAGAGUCAAAACCCGAAUGGAUACGCCAACAAAUAGCUCCGAUGGGAAUGACAGGACACUAGUUUGAUCUUGCCUCUGUUCGUGUGCCUCUCCCUAUGUUCUACCCGUGCAAGUUCCUCCCUCGCUCGCAUAUAUAUACAUAUUCUAAAACAUGAUUUAUUGUAUUAACUUAGGUAGCAAAUGUCCUUGCAACUAGUUUUGUAUAUUUCGUUUCCAAAUUUCAAGUGAAACCCACUUGUCUAAACAGUAGCCCUUAUACUUACCACCUGAUGUAUGUAUGUAUGUAGUCUGGUUAUGUAAAUCCAAAGUACGUUGUAAUUAAAGCAGGCUCCUCGCUGUCGUCAUGUAAUAUUCCACUAA